AUGGUCAGAGCAUCCACCAGAAGUAUAUCCAAGCGAACGGCAGUCAACGCGUCUCCAUCCUCUCCAGUCCUGGGUAAACGAUCUGCACCGUCGUCCCCGAUCCCAAAGUCGAUCAAGGAUGAACCGGAUACAGUGAAAGAUGAGCCUCUCACUUCCGUCAAGGAUGAGACUGUCUCUCCGUCAAAAGAUACCUUGGCGAGUCGAAAAAGGCACAAGCAUACCAAAUCGAUAGAAUUGGAACCUUUCCCAACCUUUCAUCGUCCGUUACCUGAUGAAUGCGCUUUAGCGCACAGAAUCCUCUCUUCACUCCACGGGGCUCGGAAACGACCGGCGAAUAUAGUUGCACCGACCAAUCGAGCAGGAUGCGGAGACAGUCCUUCAGUUCUCGACGCUCUGGUCAGGACGAUCCUAUCGCAGAACACCUCGGAUAGUAAUUCCUCACGAGCGAUGAUGAGCAUGAACGAGGCAUACGGUGGAGCCUUGAAAUGGAAGGAGAUUGUGGAGGGUGGUCAGCCAAAACUACAAGAGGCGAUCAAGUGUGGUGGACUUAGUGUGGUCAAAUCCAAGGUCAUUAUCAAGAUUCUGGAGCAAGUAUACGAGAAGUAUGGACAUUAUUCGCUGGAUCAUCUUCACAAAGCUUCGACAGAAGAUGCGAUGGAGGAGCUGCUCUCGUUCGAUGGAGUCGGACCAAAGACAGCUAGCUGUGUCUUAUUGUUCUGCCUAUGCAGGGACGACUUUGCGGUGGAUACGCACGUGUUCCGCAUCACCAAGCUCUUAGGAUGGACACCGGCAAAAGCGAAUCGAGAACAGACAUAUCAUCAUUUGAAUCGGAGGAUACCGGACGAACACAAGUACGGCUUGCACAUUCUCAUCGUCACACAUGGCAAGCGAUGCGACGAGUGCAAGGCGGGAGGGAGAGCGGCGGGAAAGUGUGAGCUGAGAAAAGCGUUCAGAGAUCAAGCUCCAAAGGGGUUGAAGCAGGAGAUAAAGGAGGAGAUGGAGGACGAGGACGAUGUGAAGGACCAAGUCAAGGAAGAGGAUUGA